AUGAGAGCGAAUAAAGACAGAAUCAAGAGUGUCAAGGAUCCACUGCUCUUAAACUCGAACCAAUUUCUUGACUUCAAAAAUGGAACCAGGGAUCGAAAGAGAGUGGACGCGCUUAUGAUUGAGUCGGGAAGAGCAGAAGUGAACGAGCGAGAAGUUUGCAGGAAGGAGCUGAAAACUAUCGGUAGUUGCCGGCUUGGACAUCGUUGCCCGUUCAUUCAUCCCGUGGCGGACCGGGCCGGAACGGUCCCGCAGCAUCUGAUCCACAUCCAUCUUCCGAAUUCCCAAUUCGAUGUCAAGCAAAACGAUAGAUACUUCAUCAAGCGGAUUAAGUACGAAAGUCAAAGAAACGGAUUCAUCUAUCGAAUCGUUGGUCCCUUCACUCAUCCGUUCUGGAAAGACAAAGCGCACACAAUCCCGUCACUCGCUGAGUUCGACAAGAAAUACUCAGCACACCACAAAAUCGAAGAAGCGAUCAAGAAUAUUUAUCUAAUCGGAGAAGCCCAGUACGAGUUUCGAAGCCGAGCGCCGAGCUUGAUGGAACUCGUUGUAGUGAAGAUGCCAGACGGGGAAAGCUUCAAAAGAGGAAGAGUAACGAGAAUAAUCGGAAAUGAUUGUCGAAUUCUUUGCGUCGAUACUGGAGAGGCAGUGAAUGUGUCUAUCGAAAAUGUGCUCAUGAUGCACGAAGAUCUGCUUCGUUUCCCCGCUCAAGCUCGAUUCUGCCGCAUGGUUCCAACACUAGAACCAAUAGUAGGGAAAGAUGAAAACGUCUCCGUCCUGUACACACGCGACCACGCCCGAGAAAUUGACAAGCUCACUGCCUACUACCAAAUGAUUGACGCCAAAAAAGUCGAACUCAUGGACAGAUUCAACUAUCCAAUCGUGGAGGCGUACAUUUACCCAUUCCUUCCCACUUCAUCUCGAACUUUGAAAGUACAUCCAUUAGUUAAAUUCCUCACCAAACCAAAACAGGGGCGCAUUUUAUUCAGAGAAGAAGAAGAAGAAGAGGAGAUUGAAGAAGACACCAGCUCACAGAAAGUCACUCACAUCGACUUGUCGAACAUUUCCGAUCCAAAGAGAAGCUCACUCAACGAAGAAGAUGAAAAUGGUGAUAGUGACUUUUCGUACCACGAUCCUAUUGCAUCGAAUGGCCUCACUCGCGGGAUUCGAUAUGUUUCUGAACACCCAACCACGCCAACAGAAACUACUCCCACAGAAACAGGAACAAACACUUCAUAA